AUGGCCGCCGGUGAUUUACGCGCCGAGGAGCGGGCCGCGAUGGAACGCUAUCUCAACGAACGCUACGGGCUGGACCAACCGCUGCCCGUACAAUACGCGCGCUGGCUGAACAAGGGAUUUGGUUUCAAGGCACCGGACCUGGGCACAAGUUUUGCGAAAAACCGACCGGUCACCGAGCUGAUUGCCGAAGCGCUGCCGAUUACGCUGUUAAUGAACGGGCUGUCGAUACCUCUGGUGUUUGUGCUGUCCAUCAUUAUGGGGGUCUAUACCGCGCAAUUCAGAGGCCAGGCGCUGGAUGUGGGUAUUGGUACCGCAAACCUGGCGUUGUGGUCGAUUCCAACGAUCUGGAUGGGUGUGGUGCUUAUUGGGCUGCUGGCCAGCGAAGAAUAUCUGAACCUGUUUCCUACCUCGGGCCUGGAGAGUCUGCGGGCGGACCGCUGGACGUUUCUGCCGGUGCAGACCGCUGAUGGCUGGCAACGUGGAUAUCUGCUGGACCUGGCAUGGCACCUGGUAUUGCCCGUGAUCUGUUUGUCUUAUACCGGUUUUGCGUUUCUUACCAAACUCACCCGCUCGUCCGUGCUUGAAAACCUGCAGGCAGAUUAUGCGCGAACCGCGCGAGCGAAAGGCGCACUGGAACAUACAGUGUUGUGGCACCACGUGCUGCGCAACAGCCUGCUGCCACUCAUCACUGUGGCCGCUUCAAUUUUGCCGGCGUUACUCGUGGGGUCCGUGAUCGUCGAAUCUAUUUUCUCUAUAGAUGGCAUGGGUCGCCUGGCGGUUCAGGCGGUGCAGUUACGCGACCGGGAGGUGGUGCUGGCAAUUACCCUGAUCACAUCGCUUUUGAGCCUGGUCGCUUACCUUAUUGUUGAUAUCUGCGCUGCCGAAUCGGUCAUCCACGAAUCCUAUUCUCAUCGUGUGGGCCGCGACACCUUCUCGCAAACUGGCGCUCGGGUAGGAUUGGCCUGGGUUGGCCUGGUGGCGAUCCUGGCGGUGUUUGCUCCAUUCAUCGCCAACUCACAUCCGUACCUGAUCUUUACUUCCGAUGGUUGGCAAAGCCCGCUGUUGCGGCAUCUGGACUGGGCUGACGUUUCCCUGCUGGUGAUGUUUGUCACUACCCUGGGUGCCUGGCGACUACGCUAUCGCUUUAGCACCGGUCGGAUUUUUCUUGCGCUGAUCGUACUAGCGCUACUGACAAGCAUCGGAACGAUGACGUUAGUGAGCCCGCCCAGCGCGGUGAUCUAUGAUCAAUAUCGAACAGGCCUUGCAGAGGGUACUAUCCAGUCCGCCGUGUUAGCCCCGAUUCCGUUUUCGCCCACAGACCGUUCCAGAGACAAUCCGGUUUCGCUGCAGCCCCCCGACAGUGUGCACUGGUUCGGUACGGAUGAAGAUGGCGCCGAUGUCCUGAGCCGGAUGAUUCACGCUUGUCGGAUUGCGCUGGCAAUUGGCUUGAUGUCCACCGGCAUUGCGCUGUUGAUCGGUAUUCUAUACGGCGGCGUCAUGGGCUUUUUCGGUGGCUGGCUGGAUAUUGCGAUGAUGCGUUUUCUGGAAAUGUUCGAAUCCAUCCCAGCGCUGUUCCUGUUGCUGAUGGUGGUGGCUUUUUUUGGUCGCAACAUUUAUCUGAUCAUGAUCGUUAUCGGUUUGACCUCAUGGCCUGGGUUUGCGCGCUAUCUACGGGCUGAGUUUCUCAAGUUGCGCAAUCAGGACUAUGUGCAGGCAGCGCAGGCCGCGGGUUUGCCGCUGUGGUCGGUUCUGUUCCGGCAUAUGCUGCCCAACGGUGUGGCCCCCCUGCUGGUGGCGGCAAGUUUCAGUAUUGCGUCAGCCAUUCUGGCUGAAGCGACCUUAAGCUUUCUGGGCUUAGGAUUGAUCGACGAGCCCAGCUGGGGUGGCAUGCUCAAUCAAGCGGUGGGGCCAGGCGGUACGUUUGCGCUGUGGCUGGCUACUUAUCCGGGGUUGGCCAUAUUCCUCACCGUCUUUUCUUACAACCUGAUCGGGGAGGCUUUGCCAGAAGCCUUGAGCCCGCUACUGACCGUUGAGAAUCUCGUGACAGAGUUUCACUCCGGCGAGAAUAAAACCAUCGCGGUCAACGAUGUAUCCUUUGAGAUUCACCCCGGGGAAACCGUUUGUCUGGUGGGUGAAUCCGGCUCAGGCAAAAGUGUCACCGGAUUAUCCAUUCUCGGACUGUUGCCCUCUUCUGCCACACACCCAUCGGGUAAAGUGUUGCUCGCCUGCACCCCCGAUGAACAACCAAGCGGCGGUGCUGGCGAUGAUCUGAACAAAUCACUGUCGCUGCUUGGCGCGCCUGAAACGCUGCUGCAAACCGUCCGCGGCGUGCGCAUCUCGAUGAUCUUCCAGGAACCUCUGACCUGCCUGAACCCGGUGUUAACCAUCGGCGAGCAGAUCAUGGAGGCACUGGAAUUACAUCUGGGGCUGCAAGGCGAGGCGGCGCGACAGCGGGUACUGGAGCUGCUCACCCAGGUGGAGAUUCCCGACCCUGAACAACGCCUGGAUGACUACCCCCAUCGGCUUUCAGGUGGACAGCGGCAACGGGUGAUGAUUGCUAUGGCGCUCGCCUGCGAGCCGGACCUGCUGAUUGCCGAUGAGCCAACAACCGCCCUGGAUGUGACCAUUCAAGCACAGAUACUGCGAUUGAUGGCGAAUCUGCAGAAGCAACAUCACACGGCGCUGCUGUUCAUUACCCACGAUCUCAGCCUGGUUUCAGAAAUCGCCAACCGGGUGAUUGUGAUGCAGAAAGGCCGCAUCGUAGAAAGCGGUGGUCUCAAGCAGGUGCUUGGUUCGCCCAGUCAUCCAUACACACGUGAGUUACUGGCUGCAUUGCCGAGCAAUUUACCGCGGCUGGAACCGAUGGCACCCCGGCAAGGGGCGCCGUUGAUAGAAAUUCGCAACCUGCGCGUUUACUUCCCAAUCCGCAAAGGCAUUCUGCAGCGUCAUGUUGACGAUGUGAAAGCCGUCGAUGAUGUCUCGCUGGAUAUUCACAAAGGCCGGGUGCUGGCUCUGGUGGGUGAGUCGGGAUCGGGUAAAACGACACUGGGGCGCGCACUGCUGGGUCUUGUGCCGACCACCUCAGGUUCGGUUAUGUAUGAACAAACCGAUCUCAGCCAGCUCAACCGGCGGAAGUUCAAACCAUUCCGUAAAGAUCUGCAGGUGGUUUUUCAGGAUCCGCAGUCUUCACUGAACCCAAGAUUAUCCAUCGCCUCAAUUCUGACCGAACCCAUGGCUGUGCAUCAAAUAGGCGCAAACCAGCAAGAGCGGCUUGAUAUGGCCGCGCAAUACAUGGAAAAAGUUGGGCUUGACCCGUCGAUGCUGAGACGCUAUCCCCACGAGUUUUCAGGCGGACAGCGACAGCGAAUUGGCAUUGCCAGGGCCAUAGCCCUGCAACCACGUUUUAUCGUCUGUGACGAGGUCACCAGUGCGCUGGAUGUCAGUGUACAAGCAAAAAUACUGCUAUUGCUUGAGGAGUUGAAACGCGAGUUUCAUCUCACCUAUCUGUUCAUCACGCACAAUAUUGAUGUGGUGCGUUACUUUGCAGACGACGUAGCCGUAAUGCAUCAAGGCAAGCUGGUGGAGCAAGGCAGCGCAACGGCUGUGUGCGAGCAUCCGCAACACGCGUAUACCCAGAAGCUGUUAGAGGCAGUGCCGAAGUUCCGUUUUUGA